AUGUUUGGAACAGCUGGCCAAUCAACUGGCGGAAUGUUUGGUAACACAGGAUCCUCUGGGUUUGGUAAUAACAAUGCACCAGGUGCUUCUACAGGGAGCAAUACAGGUUUUUCAUUUGGAUCAAAUCAAAACACGAACAGUGGAGGAUUGUUUGGGAAGCAGCCUGCCAAUGCUGCCACCGGCGGAGCAGCACCAGCGACAGGUGGUUUAUUUGGAGGCUCUACCGCCACAAAUGGGCAAGCCUCUGGAAAUCUCUUUGGCUCAACAGGUAACACUUUGGGAGCCGCAGGUGCCAAUGCUAGUGGUGCUUUAGGUGGAGCCUUUGGGACUACUUCAACAACUGGUGGUAAUACCGGAGGACUUUUUGGAGCUAACAAUGCUUCUAAGCCUGCUACCAGUCUGGGAUUAUUUGGUGGUGGUGGUUCUACCGCCGCCACUGCUCCUGGUGCUGGUGGUGGCCUCUUUGGAAAUGCGUCAAACACUACUGCUUCCACUGGAGGUAGUUUAUUUGGAAAUAAGUCCAAUGUUGCAGGAUCUAAUACAACCACGGGAGGUGGAUUGUUUGGAGCUACAACUGUACCAGCGGGAGGCAAUUCUGGGGGGUUGUUUGGGAAUGCCAGCAACUCUGGUGCUACAUCAACAACUGGUGGCUUAUUCGGUAACACCAAUUCUAAUACUUCUGCAACUUCAAGUCUUUUUGGAGCUAAAGCAGCUACAACGGGUUCAAGUCUUUUUGGUGGAAACCAAGCAACAACAACUGGUGGAUUAUUUGGCGGACAACAACAACAACAACAACAACAACAACAACAGCUACAACAAUCACAACAACAACAACAGCAAUUACAACAACCACAACAGCAACCAUCUUUUGGUUGGAAUAAACCGCAGGCGACUACUUCGUUGAAUUCUUCAUUGUUCAACCAAUCUACCACCAGCCAAGACACAAACUCUCUCGCAUUACCUUCAACCUCCAACAGUUUGACGAUGGCGCCUAAAAAUGGCUAUGCGCCAUCUAUCAAUGAUCAAUUAACAAAGAUUAUUGAGGAUUGGGAUCCAGCCUCACCAAAAUGUGUUUUCAAGAGCCAUUUGUAUAAUAAGAUGGGUGAAAACGAGAUGCAGCUAUUGAUGAAUCAACCACGUCCACAAAAUGAGACGGCUGAAGAUUGGGAUUCUGCCAUGAGAAGUAGACCCAGUAAUUUGCAUUAUCCAGUUAAAAUCACGUCAUUUUCCGAAGUUGCAACUAGGGUUCAAGUUCAAAUUCAACAUGUUGCUAAGUCCAGAAGUAUACUAACUGAUAUAAACGAGAAAUUACAAGCUUUAUCUGCAAAACAUGAACUAGAUAAUACUACUAGGAUUUUAAAAGCUAAGGCACAUCAUACUAGAUUAUCAAGGAGGUUGCUAAGACUUGCAACGGUGUUGGCUAUAGUAAAGUUGAAGGGUUAUCCAUUAUUGCCUGAAGAGGAAGAAACUUCUCGACAGUUCGAAAUGUUAAAUUCUAAGCUUAGUGAUCCCAACUCUCCUUUGAGUAAGUUCACAGAUCUAUUUGCAAGAGUCAUGCUUUUAAAAGAACGUGCAGAGGAAUUUAAUCAUCAGUUCAAUGACGCAUUGAUGGGAAUGAAUGAAGAACCCCAAAAUGGUUCGAAAGCUGAUGAAACCUCCAAGGACGAGGAUGACCAAACAAAUGCAUUACUUAACAAAUUAGCACGGAUAUUGAUGAAGCAACAAAUGGGUUUGAAUUAUGUCAACGAAGUGUUGGGGCAUGACCAAGAAGCUCUUGGAAAAUUAAUUCAAAAAUGA